GUAGCGCAGCGCUUCCUUUUAGUCGCAUGGGUUCCAUAUCUGCGCCAGACAAUAACAAUGGGCGGCUCCUGGGGGAGGUGACGGCUGCCUGGCUCAGGCUCACAUGUGCUGCACCUGUGGCUCUCAAUUACUAGUGAAUUAUAUUGACCUGGAGUAGGUGAGCCGGCUGGUAGUGUGGAGGUUGUGGUGAUGCGUGGGGAGGGACGGAAGCUGUAUUAUGAGACUAACUGAGUAGAGACCACCAGACAUGUAUCCAGCCAGUCCCAGACUUGGCCGGGCGCACCUUGGGGCCUCCACCUUCUUUGCCUCGGCCCACCCCAGUGAGUCGUGUGGCAGUAACGGCCUGCCUCUCACACCCAACUCCAUCAGGAUCUAUGGGCAGGCCAGGGCACUGCAGCUCAUCAACCACCCACACCUGUGCUCUUAUGUGGACAUCCACCGUGGCAAGCAUGAGAGAAUCAUGGUGAUACAGGAGUACUACUUGCUGAACCUCCGAGUGGCAGCCCAGAAGUACCCAGAGAUGAGGAGUCCCCAGGGCCUGGCGAGGCUUGCACACCAGGUGGUGCAAGGCCUGGUGUACCUGAACAACUUUGGCACCGUGGCGUGCACCCUCAGCCCGGAGAACAUCCUGAUAGACCCUCGCGGGCAAGCCAAGUUGUACAAUUACGGCCUUUACUACAUGACAGAGGCCGGCACAUCUGUGUCCUUCCCCCUCGGAACAGUGCAGUACACUGCCCCAGAGGUGUUGCUGAUGCAGGCAGGGAGUCAGGAGGGUGGUGGUGGAGUGACUGGUGCCACAGUGACAGGCAACCCUGUGUGGGACGUGUGGUCGCUGGGCAUGGUGUUGGCCGAGAUCCUGCUGGGCUGCACCUUCUUCUCUGGGUGCAAGGACAUGGAGGAGCUUGUGGGUGAGGUGCUGAGUCUUGCCCUCUCUCCGAACCCUCUGCAGCACCUGGCACAGUCCCACAAUGCCUGUCACAGUCUUGAGGGUUUGCCAGGGGAGCUGAAGGACUUUGUGAGUCUAUGUCUGACAGUUGGGCCGAGUGAGAGGCCUGUCCCCCGCAGCCUGCUCUCCCACCGCCUCCUCCAGCCCUUCAUCCUCUCAGCCUCUCUUGUCCCUGUCCACCCUCACUUUCCUGUUGUGGACCCAUCACUGUGCCUCAUUGAUUUUGCCCACUUUAAGGCAAAGUUUAGCAUGAUGGAGAACUCUGGGCCCACCUUAACUGACUACCCACUCCAUGCUGAGACUGAGGCAUCUCUGGAAUUUCCGAAGGACAGUACAAAGCCACGCUUGAAGAGGGACCAGCUGAGUGAGAGGAGCAUGAGGGAAGUGUACCACCUGUGGCAGCUGGCAGGCGGCAAUGUGGAGCAGGAACUCAAGAAACAGAAGCUGAUAAAGAUCAAGCCAUCCAUCCUGACUUUGCCAAGCGUGAUGGUGGUGGAGGGUGAGGUGUUCGGUGGGGACAUUAGCCACAGCCAGCAGCUCGAGGCCACCACCAUAGUCCUGCCGCUGCACACCCUCCGCAGCAGACUGGCACACAUCCCACCGGAGAAAUACUACCCUCUCAUAACACAGGGAGAAAGUGGCACAGACGAACUUGAGACGAGUCAGCUGCCUCUUGUAAUCCGGGAACGAGAUGUGGAGUACCAGCUGCACCGCCUCCUGUCCUUUCAGAGGCUACUGCAGGCUUACCCACACAAGGCUGACAGCAUUCUGAAAGAGGCAAGGAAGGACACACCACCUUUCUACCGAGCCCUGGUGUGGGCAGCCCUGCUUAAUGUGGAUGGGGCUGUGGCUCACACCUACCAGCAGAUAGACAAGGAGACACCAACACCAACUGACAGACAGAUUGAGGUGGACAUCCCACGGUGCCACCAGUAUGACGAGCUGCUGUCGUCGCCUCAGGGGCAUGCCAAGUUCACCCGGGUGCUGAAAGCCUGGGUGGUGUCUCAUCCCCACCUGGUGUACUGGCAGGGCCUUGACUCCCUCUGUGCUCCUUUCCUCUACCUCAACUUUAAUAAUGAGGCACUUGCCUACUCCUGCCUAUCUCGGUUCAUUGAGAAGUACCUGCACAAAUUCUUCCUGAGGGACAACAGCGCCAUCAUCCAGGAGUACCUUGCCAAGUUCUCCCACAUGAUAGCCUUCCACGAUCCUCACCUGUUCAACCACCUUGACAACAUUGGCUUCAUCCCUGAGUUGUAUGCCAUCCCCUGGUUCCUCACCAUGUACACACAUGUGUUUCCACUACAGAAAAUCUUCCUCCUAUGGGACACUCUGCUGCUGGGUGAGGCGUCGCUACCACUGUGUGUGGGUGUGGCCCUCUUGCGGCAACUCAAGGACAGGCUGCUGCAGUUUGGCUUCAAUGAGUGCAUCCUUCUCUUCUCAGACAUGCCAGACAUUGACAUGGAGCGAGUGGUGCGGGAGUCUGUGCAGGUGUUCUGCUCCACGCCUCGCUCUGUCACGUUCAGACAGCACGAACGCCCAAGGCCAGACCCCAGCCAGGCCUCUCCUGCCCACAAUGCUGCUCAGGCUGGCCAGCAGGACCUUGUGAUGGACGGUGUGUCUCUGCCGGAGCUAAAGAGAGAAAAGUGUCCUCGGGUAUGUGGUGCUGACCUGUUGGAGCUGCUUGCACAUAAGAGAAGCCACAGUGGGCGGGCAAAAGUUUUGGUGGUGGAUGUACGCUCACCAGAAGAAUUUGCACGUGGCACCUUGGCUGAUGCCAUCAACAUGCCGGCUGAUACAUCCCUUGGUCCUGAUGGCACCCUGCUCAUGGGGCCCCAGAUGGAGGUGCUUAGCUCUUACCGGGGCAAGAUCAUUGCUGUCAUUGGCUCUCGCAAUGGCUGGGAUCAAGUGGUGAAGUUUGCUGAGGCCAUCCUGGUGCAGGAGUUCCCACGGGUGUGCACUCUACACAAGGGGGUGGAGGUGUUCCGGGCAAGUGGAGCCCUCAUGGUGCCCUCCUGAGCAAUGCCAAGAAAAAGGGCACUAUCCAGGAACUCACGAGGCACUGGUGGUGGGAUGGACGACUGUACAUAUAUUCAUAUUUAUAUCUAUUUGUAAUGGCUCAAAGAUGCAUUCUUCAUAUUUUUGCACCUUACUACAGCUUCCAUUGGGCUGAUAUUACAUUUUAGUCACUGUUUUUGGUCCCAUGUUAUGUUAGUACACUUGAUGUAAAGAAAAGUCACUUGAGAGAUCUGAAGGAGUUAAUACUUUUAUGAAUUUUGUAGUACUUUGCUUCUGUUACUAAUGAAGCACACGUCUUUGUGUCACCAUAAACAAACUGCCUACAUAAUUUUUUACUCUUGAGGAAGAAAAAAGUCUCAUUUUCCUAACAUUUAUAUUAAAGCAGAAAAGUUGAGAUAUUUUAGGUCACUCACACAGCAGACAUGGCGGCUGCAACUACUAUCAGAUUGCCAACGGUGCACCAGAUAAUGAGUGGAUUCAGAUAAAGAUUACUUAGGCAGCUUGCUUUUGAGGAUGAUAUCUUUGCUUUGUUUUGCUUUCUUUCAUAGGACAGUACACAGCCAACUAACACUCAGUAGUAAUGCUUGUGACUUCUUCAGUAACUAGUACCCAGAGUUUCCUGAGCCAAUCUUGAUCAUCUCCAGCUCCUCCACAUCUUGGCCUACAUUAAUUUGUAGCAUUUUUGGGCAAUGCCUUCAUAACACUAGGGGAGCAGUUUGAUUCUUAGGAAGAUAUAGAAGCAGGAGAUUCUAAUUAGAUCACAGAUAGUAGUACAAAGAUUGACCAAUCACAGAGAGUGAAGCGGCUGAAGCCUGAACCUGCUUGCUCUGUACACUCUACCUCCCUUCAUUCCUCAGGCUAAAAUGGAGACUGGAUUGUAUGAUUAGUCUAUUUAUUUUCUCUGUAAAGUUGGUUGGUUGUGUCAUCUCAUGGUUGUUUCAUUCAUUCCAGCUGUUCACCAAAGAUAGUGAGUGUUAAUGUAGAAUUGUGUAAAUAUUUCACACUUAUCAAAAUUGUUUAUCAGUGAUCUCUGAAAUUCUGAGAAGACUAAAUGUGUUGAUUUGAAACAGUAAUUGCACAUAUUCAAAGUUUAUUUAUAUUUAUAACUUAAGUCUAAUCAUUAAAGCAUAAAUAGUCUCUUUAUAUUGCCCGUAAGUUCUUGUGAAACAAUGGAAUUGUUUUGUAUAAUUUAAGCUACCUUUCUACAUCAUUCCCUUCUCCACCUACUACUGUCAGCACUUACUCCUUUGAAAUAAAUAAAUUUUAACAUGUA